AUGUUUGUUUCCAUGGCUCCGAAGGACGUCGAUGAUAUUGUUAUAAAAUAUGGAUAUCAAUAUGUAUGCCAAGGUGAAGCGGUGUGGCCUGAACAGAAAUCACUUGAAGACCCUAUGGUCAAACGAAGAAUUGAUGAACUAUGCCUGCCACUUAAAAACAAACUCAAUGCUAGAGUUAGUAUAAAAUCAUUAGCUGAUAACCCUGGCUCUUUUUUUCCUCUGUUGUUUCAUAUACUGGCUGUCUUUGAAAGGGAACAUCAAUCCCAUAAAGCGUUUGACGUUAGAAGACUUCCUUUACCAAGACUGUUCAAUGUAUUCCCUUCAUCAUCAUGCCAUUGGCGAUCAGUGAUAAUUUCGGUCAAUGCAUUAGCAGCAUUUCUUCCUGGUGAACCACUCCCCAGAGGGUAUAAUGAUCAGCUGCAUUUAUUUUACAAGGUAUUUGAUUUUAAACCGCUUAGAAUCAAAUCGAUUGAAUCUUUAUUACCCACUGGAACAAAUAAGAGGCUCUUUGGUAACCUGAUCAGAUCAGACGGUUUUUCUGUUGAUUUUGUUUUUAACAAACGAACAAUCACAGAAAAACGUUUAACCAAGCAAAUCAAUCAAGUUGAUCUGAUCCUGGAUGGUUUUGAGCAGCAUGAAGUUGACAGCCACUAUUUACCAAUAGCCGUAGAUCCAGGAAGAAAAAGGUUUUUAACUGUUUUUGCUGGUUCAAGUGGUAAUAUUAACGAUUUCAGACAAUGUUCCAUCAAGGAAUAUUACCACUUGACAGGCUCUACAAAAUUCUCAGCAGAGCAAGAGAGGAAAAAGAAAGCAUGCGGUAUUAAGACGAUUGAAACAAAUAUACCUACCAAUAAGACUGCCAAUGAAUCACUUUUUUACAAUCAAGAAACUGCAAAAGAAACCUUUUUCUUAUACCAGGGUCGUCAACGAGCACCGGAGCGAAUGGUGAAAAUGUUUUUAGAUGGUACCAAGAAAUACAACAAGAAGUCAAGAGGAAACAAACGAAAAAGAGCAAAGAACAAAGGGAAGCGGAAGAAGAAGGGGAAUAAGUCCGGAAAGAAGGAUAAAGGAAAGAGAAAAAUGGCACCGAAAACAACAAAAACAAGUCAUAAGUUCAUGAUACUUAGAGAAAGCAAUUUCUUUCAGUACAAACAGAAGGUACCACUGAUAGUAUCUGGUAGUGGCAUGUUUGGGAAGAACCAUGUGAAGAUAAAAACGGUCCGGACUGGUGUCACUGGUCCUCUAUACAGAACGUUGAAAAGAAGAGAGAGGACUGGUGACUUACUCGUUGUGGACAUUGAUGAAUAUUUGACGUCCUAA